AUGCAAUACUGGCCAAGAUCUACCAUCACCAGAACUGUUCCAAAGGUCAACAUAAGACGUGCCAUGUCUGAAGAUCGUAAGAGAAUACGUGUGGCAUGUGAUACGUGCCGCAGAAAGAAAGUGAAGUGCGAUGGACAGGUGCCGUGCUCCAAUUGCAAAACUGCCAAUGAGCUCGUUUGUCAUUACGCUGAGAGACAGCCAUCCAAGAAGCGUGCUUUCGAACCUAAGCUGCUGAAGCUACUGCUCAGCCAGCGAAUUGAAAGGCUCGAGGAGGUGAUUUUGGACUUGAGUGCUAGGCUAGGAGGGCUGGCCAGCGCAAGAAAGAAAGUGGAGAAUGGAAGAGGCUCCGGCGGUACUUAUAGUCUGAGUGAGGAGGAGGACGAGUCUAAUGACGAGAGAGAGGAAGAACCAAUUCUUUCACGAACUGUGAGUGAGGCUGCAGAGGGCGGCAACAGAUCCUCGGGCCAGAAACGCAGCUCCAGCGGUCUACCUUUGAAGAAUGUUCUGCUUUUCUUUGGCGCUCACUCUUUCGCCCAUAUAAUGUCCCAGAGCUCCAUCGACUGGAUGGAGAGACAGUUAGGUGAAGAAAAUAAGGGCUUGAUCACUCCCUUGACUAACAUGCCGUUGUUUUUUCAGGGAAAAGCAAAGCAUUUUUAUAUCAAAUGGCUAGAUCCCAUGCCUGUCGGGCACGAAGAAAAGAAAAGACUCAUGACAAGGCCGUUUCCGGAGAAUAGCAACCUUGUAUUCAGCAUUUUAGAUAUGUUCAUGACGCCGAUUCUACGAAUUGAAGGUGUGGGCGACAUCAAACGUAUCAGAAAGAUGUUCGAGAGAUACUACUUCGAAAAAUGUCAGUUUUCCUCGGCAGAGCUUCUAAUGAUGACUGUAUCACUUGCUUUCUCCAUCUUCAUGAGAUUUGAGACGAACAUUGGGCCCCUUGAGCAGGUCAAUGACGGCUCGGAGUGGUCAGACCAGUCCUUAAGAAAGCUUGAGGACAGGCUUAUGAGUAAUGCAAUAUACUAUUACCACAGAAUCAGUGUUGUUGGAGCAGGUAUCGACACUAUAGAGGCGAUAUUGCUUUUCUCUGGUUACUUGGAGUGUCAUUGGUUCUCUCCUCAAGUAAAUUACAUGUUAUUGGUCCCCGCCAUCAGAUACGCCCAAGAUAUGGGUCUACAUCGAAUUGAGUCGUACCGGGGUCUAGAUAGAGCUGUCAGCUCUCACAGAAAGCGCAUAUGGUGGUUAUGUUGUUACAUGGAUAUGGAAGUCUGUUUCAGAGGAGGAAAAGCCCCCAUCAUCAAUAGAUCCGACGUAAGCCCCGAGCUUCUAGAUAUCAACGUCACUGAAAUUCUCGUGUCAGACACCCCACUCGUACACUCCUUGCACAAUUACUUUGCUCGGAUUCUUCUGAUAAGAGCUAGAAGCUACGAGCUUCUCUUUUCAGCAUCCGCUAACGUGAAGGACUUUGCCUCCCUUCUGCAAAACUUGGAUGCUCUCAACACAGACCUUCUAGCUACGGCACAGGUGCUACCAGAGUCCAUGCGGCCGAUAUUUUUCAACGACCCAGGAUUCCAAAUUUAUAAUCACAAGGACAAGAUUGAAAACGAAAUCAGCUGGUCGGUUCGUUUAACAUUCUUCUAUCACAUUAUGAUCAUCAACAGGCUCCCGCUGAUGUUUACUUUUGAAGACGAGGACGAAGAGAAGACAGCUCGCUACAAACAAAUUUCCCUCGAUAGCGCUAGAACAAUGGCGCAUUUACUCAAAAGUAGCGAAAGCGCUAAUCUCAGCAAUUCCUUCUUCGAAUGGGUAAUUUUCUUCCCGUCUGCAGCAUUCUUACACUUGCUGACAACGUGCAUGAACUUCCCAAACUCGCCAGAUACCUAUAGCGAUUUAAUGCUCUUGAUAGAAACAUCCAUGGAUAUUCUAAGCAGAAGAGGCAUCGAGCAAACAACUGAUCUCAUGAGCAAGCCUCAGCGGUACACGUUCACGCUGCUUAUGUUCAAGGUACUCUUACGGUUAGUUCUUACUAUCUACGAAAGAAGCACGGGCAUUUCGAUCGUGGAGGGCAAUCUGGCACUAAAAGCGCACCUUGACUCUGCAAAAGAAAUGUUUCCAGAGUUAUUCCAGAGCAAAGAGAGUUUCAAUCUGUCGGUGAUGACGAUAAUUCCGGAAGUCACGGGCCAAUCGCCAUUCACCAACGAGCCCAAAUCAGCCUCCAGCAAGGCAUCGUCUGUCUCAUCUUUUACUAGCGGUACACGCCCAUUGCUCCAUCCGCCAGAGGUGGUGCCUUCUUCUUUGAAUGCACGGAGAAAUCAAUUUGAAGGGCUAGGCCAGGAAGUGACCUACGACGACAUCGACAUGUUGAUCCAAUCCCAAAUGAACGACCUUCCGAAUAUCUUCUUUGACAGCAGUCAGCAAUUCUAA